CGAAAAAGGAGCAGAAUAUCUCUCAAUCUUCCCUUGGCAAAAACAAGCCACCUUCUAAGACAUCGCUGUACAUCGUUGUCGCCGACUCACAUUUGCCUAUCUCUUGGCCUCGCCAGAACUGAGACCUCAACGGACUUAUUAAAAUUUACCUGCAUACAUUUCAAUCUUUUGAACUCGGUUCACGGCAUCAUGGGCCGUCAAUUAUAGCGAAACGGUCCCUAGGGACAAUUCUACAAAAUCACCUUUAUUGGGGUCUAGAUUUUGCACAUAAACGUGUAUCCACGAAAACUCAUUUAUAACUGCACCGACCAUCCACCGUCUACCACCGCCUAAAUUGCAUUUGCAUUGGCACUUGCACUCAUAUCUGACACCUGAUACUCGUCACCUCCUUCCAAUUACCAACAUCGCGAACAAAAUAAAAUACCGCGCGUGUGAUUAGAAGACAUCCUGCGCAAUCUCUCGACAUACCGACUUCCAACACAUAUACACGAUAUUGAACCAACAAGUUUCUAUUACACUAUUUAAGUGAAUAGUUACUUAUCAUCGCCGUCAAUAUGACGAACGAUCCGAUAUUCGAUUCGGCGAAUGCGACUGUGAUGGCGCUGCCAUCGCAGGGAGCGCAUAUGCAGCAUGCACCAGAAGAUGAGGCUGCGGCUGAAGUUGAUGAACCCCCCGACAAUUGUCGUCUACACCCGGGAAAUCAAUUCAAGAGAAGCGAAGUUCGGAAGAUUUCGGAUCGCUCCGAAUCUCUGCUUACGAAGGCUCUUCAUUCUGAAGAGGAAACUAUCAAUUUCGACUUCGAUUUAUCAUCAAGACGCCGUUCGAUGAACAGCAGCGUCAGCAUCGCAUCUACCGCCGACCUUACCAGCGACACUGGCUUCACAAGCCCCGCGCGUACAAACACACCUAGCCCGCCGCCUCCCAUAGUUUCGCUACCACGAUUGAACGCGGACUACCUUUUCGAUGCAAAAUCUAAGCUGACUCCAAAUCACGGUCCGCAACAGGUCACGGCCGCGACCAAACCCCGCGGGCCAAUUGGAAACACCGGAGAGAAAAAGGAUCCUGCAGUGGAAGCUUUGACCAAGAAGCGCUGCAUAUCAUUUGCAUGCGGACCGAAAGCGGAUGUCAAAAAACCGUUGUCUCCGCAACCACCAGUUGAAGCCAAGCCGGAACCCGACGAGAAGCCACAGAGAAAGCCCUGCAUUAAGUUCGCUUGCCCUGCCAAGCCAGUUCAACGUACGCCACCAAAGCAAAGCGCUCUGCAGAUAGCGAUUCCUUCUAGCACUGAAUUAUCAAAUGACAAAGAUGGAUCUCCUGCCACCGUUCGCAAGCUUCGGUCCUCUUCAAUCGGCCGUGGACGGUCGCAAAGAUCCUUGACUCCGCGACCUAUGUCGCGAAGCCCCAUGCCAAUUCGCUCAGCCAAGUAUUUGACCGCGGACCCGACAGAUCUUAACAGCGAAUGUUCUCGUUUUCACGAGUUCGCCAGUGAUGAGCCCCAAGAAGAGGAUUGGAUUCGCGUCAACCACGCACCCCCUGGCCGUCGGUUGACUAUUAGUGAUACAUUGAAGAAAGAAAAUGAGAUUCGUCGGCUAGGAAAGGAGGCUGAAGAGGAGGAACUUGAAGAAGAAGAGCUCGAAGAUGAAGAGGAUCUCGAAGGCGAAGAUGAUGAGGACGAGGAGGAGGACGAGGAGGAAGAGGGUCGCCCAGGUGAAAAGUUUGAGGGAAAUGAUGUGGACGACGUUUUCGAUAUCGACGAGGGCUACGACAUUGAUAACCAGUCAGGCUUUGGGUCGGAUGACGAUGGCUUCUCAGAUGGUUACAAAACUGAUAACGAAAUCGGUUUUGCCGAGUCAGACGAUGACGACGAUGGUGGGAAUUUUGAUCUGUGGACGCCCAGUCGGGGACCGGCCCUUAGACUAUCUGGGAGCACAGCUACCUAUCGUCGACCUUCGAUGACUGGUAAUCGCUCUGAUUCGUCUUCCUCAGACUUCCCCGAUCCCCCGGCUAGGGUAGUGCGGACUAAACGACUCAAGAUACGCGCUAGAACACCUGAGCUUCCCGAUAGCACGGACUUCGUUUGUGGUACCCUCGACGAGGACCGUCCUCUAGAGGAGGCUUACAUCUCGUGCAUUGCAGCUAGGCGACAAGAGAAGCUCCACCCAAUCCCACAGGACAUUGACCCAAGCUUCCCAACGUCUGAGCCCGAAGACGAGGAUGUCGAGCUGAACAUUCCUGUCCACGAAAGUGAUGAUAACCUGUCUGAUGUCAAUGCCAACGGCCGUGAACGUCGAAAGAAGAUUGACCAGACGUCGCCCAAGCGAUACCGCUCUCCCCCUCCGAGACGCCAUCAUUCUCCUCCAAAGCCCCGAGGUCGAUCACCAAAGCAUCUUUUUGACCUUUCACCUCGCCGCCUUCUAUCGCCACCUAUGGGACCCCUAGUACGCUCUCCUCCGUCAUCGUUGGUGUACAAUGCAAAUCGCGCAAACGAGGAGGUCAAGGGUCUUGCCUUUCGGCCUGGCCUGACGCAAACCAAAUCCCUCCCGCGAGCUCCGGCAAUGUUCCCGCAACACCUCAAGACUCACCGCCGAUCAACCAAACCUACGAACACGUCCGCUAACGGCCACGUGCGAGGUGCCAUUGAUAUUGUCAAAGGCCUCGAGCAGAAGCGUCAGCGCCGAAAGGAGAAGUUUAAGGAGAAGUAUCAACAGAUGCAUUGCAACAAAGCACGAAAGGGCCAGAUUACGGAGAAGAAGCCUCAACCUGGUCAAGGCGCCGAGAGGAUGCGAGAGAUCGGACUUCUCAUGGCCGGAAAGCUAGGCCCGGACCAAUUCGUCCUGUCCAUCUAGAUGCUAGAUGGAGGCCCAGCAUAUAGUUGCUGAGCUCAACUGAAAAUACUGCUCACCAUUGUCUUUCAUUGCACCUAUUUUUACUUCAAGAUGCGGACUUCAGACUUACAUUUCCUGA